AUGGUCAAUUCAAUCAAAUACGAUAUUCGCGCUACUCAAAUGCUGUUGGCCCAAGCUGUUAAAAUGGCUGGAAAAGAUGCUGACGAUAGCGUCGUGUUGAGCCUCUUUCUAGACAGCCCCCAGGCGCCUCUGUCGUUGCAUCGUAUGGUCAAGAUGGGCCAGGAGGUCCUAGCUAAACGUCCUGGCACGUGGUUUGGCCCCACCAGUGGGGGCAUGGUGGCGUCGAGACUCGUCAAAGCGGCACAUGAGGAGGACGAGGCUGCUCGUAGGGCCGCCAGAGUGCCCUUCCAAUGUGUUGCCUUCGACGAUGGUGUUCUCUAUAAGGACCAAGUCGAGCCCCUGCUGCAGGAGGAGGGCUCACUACCAGUGCUUGUUCUCCUCUGUGUUCGACUGCUCUACUAUCUCGACCCGCACUUAGCGACCCAACCGGCUUUGACAGAUGCCAAGCUAAUACAGGAGGGGACUUUUAUACAUCAGCUGAAGCCUCAUAGUCUUGGAUGGUCUCGUCUGAACUCGUCGAUGUGCUUUGGAUUCAUGUUGCGGAAUAGAGCUGAAUUAGAAGACUUCACAACUUGGAUACGGCAGGGCAACGGUCUUGAUGAGGAGGAGCUCACGAGUGGCUCGGAGCGAUGGCUCUUCGAAGUACUAGACAAAACCCCAGCAUAUGCCAGGCCGGGAGGAGGAGGAGAUGCUGAGGACUUUUCGGAUCCUUUGGACUACUUUGAUGAGAAGGAUGAUGAUGACGAUGAUGAUGCUCUAAUGUGA